AUGGAAAUUAAUCGUCCGACACUAAAGCAAAAUUGGACAACGAGUGUCUUGCGAGAAGAAGCAGCGAAUUUCAAUGCAUUCGGUAAUCGACAAGCACCGAAUUAUAUAACGGAAUCUGAGACUCAACGCGAAUACCGAAAUCCAUUUAUGGAAUUAAUUGGACAGAACCGGUACGGUCGUUACGUUUAUACACCUGAUCGGAAUCCACCGAAAGGAAUUGUGCCUACGUGCAACGCCAAGAGCUAUCCUGAUGUCAUUCCACGCUUUCGUUUAUAUCAAACAUCAUUUUAA